AUGGCCUGGUUCCGUCCGCCGCCGCCUGGCACUCACCUCACACCAUGGGUUCCCGAUGCCAUCUUCGUUCCCAUUUCUAGGGCGUUCGAGAGAUUGGGUGUCUAUUUCUACAAUCGGGUCCUGAACAAGACCGAGAUCGGUCUCUUCGACAAGCGCUGGAACCCGAAGGUCCAUGGCCCCUACUGCCACUGGCGAUAUUAUGGAAAGCCCGACACCAAGCUCUUCGACGUGAAGCUAGCUGAUCUGCCCGCCUGGUUGGGCCGUCGCCAGAAGACGCCCGGCGCCGUCUACAACGAGUUCGUGCGCAACAUCUACCGUGUACACAACCUUUACUACUCGGGACCAGUCUACGGCAGCGCGGUUAAAACUAUCUUCCGCUUCAUCUUCGCCUACUCCUUCUUGAACUGGCUGGUCAAGUCCCACCGUUACCUCGACUUCCAGAAGACCUACUACCACUGG